AUGCAUUGCAGAGCUCACAGCUUGCUGCAAAGAGACCUCAAGGAGUUGUACCACAGUACCUGCAAGGGCAUUACUGCCAAGCCUGUAAGCGAAGACAUGAUGAAAUGGGAAGCUGAAAUUGAAGGGCUACAGGAUUCAAUUUGGAAUGGAGUUACUUUCCAACUGACAAUAGAUUUUACACCAGAAUACAACCUUGCCCCUCCAGUUGUGAAAUUUACAACAAUUCCUUUUCAUCCAAAUGUGGACCCACAUUCUGGACUGCCCAGUAUUGAUUUUUUGGAAAACCGUGAUAAGUGGAAUACAAGUUAUACCCUGAGCAGUAUCUUACUUAGCCUACAGGUACUACUUUCUAACCCAAGCCUAGAAAAGCCAGUGAAUUUAGAGGCAGCCCAAAUACUGAUGAAAGAUGAACCUACAUACAGAAUGAUAAUUGAAAAACUUUUCAAGGAGCACUUAAAAAUGGUGAGGCUGCCUUCAGACAUUGGAAGAGUCCUGAGUCUUCCUGCCUCAGUUCCUCUGGAGAUUGAGCAUUAUCCCUUCCACCUGGGCAGGGGACUCACGUGUCCCACAGGAGGUGGUAUGAGUGCCAUGCCAAAGUUAUAUGAAAAGCCACAUAAACUUACCAGGGCAAUUAAAACCAUCUCAUUUAAUGAUUACUAUAAGACAUGGUCUGGAAUAGCUACAUCGCAAGCCACAGACCAAUCCAGAGCUCCACUUCUUGAAGAUCCACAUUUCAUGGGGAAGUAUUAUAAAUUGAAGAAACACGAACUACAGAAUCUUAAAGAGUGGAAGAUAAAGUAA